AUGACCCGCUACUAUGUGGGUCGUGAAAAAGCCAACUUCAUGCGCCGUUCACUGAUGUCGGCAGCACCCACCGUAUGGCAGCACAUGCUUCGGGCCCACACCCAGAAUUUUGUACCAACCGAGCCCAAUACGGCCCAACUCAACCGCAUCGGCCGCUACAUUGCCACCCUGAGUCUUGGAGCACCAGCUGUCCUCGAGCUACGGCUGGCCGAUACGGCCCUGUCAGAUGAUUUACAAAACCCCAGCACACCCACAACGCUCAAGAUUGAGCUGCAACCGGGCUCGCUCUUGAUUCUGCAACAGGCUGCUCGCUAUGAAUGGCAGCACGGCAUAGAACCCACUUUCCCGCAACCUUUUGAUGCUACCACCGCCGCCGCCACCAUGCCCUCCCUGUGGCGCUACGUGCACCGUCUCCUCCCAACCCCACUCACGGGCCAGGCACCCUUCACCGAGCUGCGCUUCAGCGGCAUCCAGCAAUGGUUCUCCAUCGACCCCUCGCCUCAUCCCCUAACGAACGGACGUCGUAGCCAAGCGUCUCCCAAGUCUCUGCCAAGCUUGCCUGUUGGACAUUGCAGACCCCUGCUUUUGCAUCAUGUCCUUUCUGUCGGUUUUCUCCCUCCCUCCCUCUCUCUCUCUCUCUUUUACGUGUUUCAAACCAAUCCGGGUUGUUCGGGCGGGCAGCACUGUCCGUUCAUUUGCAUCGGUGUCAACAGCACCAUGUCAAUGAUGGAGCACUUUCAAUCCCUGUGCUCGUCGAUGCUGGGCUGGUGGCCCCUGAGCAAGCCUGCCAUCGGCGUGCCUUCGACUGACUUGACCUUUUAUGGCAUGCCCUCCCCUGUCGGAUUGUCGCUCGGCCUCGGUGCCGUCGCUGUGGGCCAGCUCUUGACUCUGGCCUAUUUUUACGUGCGCCGCGAGGUUUACGACGGUGCUGGACGUACCAUUCAAAAAGCCGACCGUGAACGCUAUGACUUCUGGGAAGGUGUAUCGACACACUUGGCGCAGCCCGAGGGCUUCAUUUUGCUUGGCGGUUACCUCAGCAUUUAUUGGCUGGCCAAUCUGAUGCCGAGCAGUUACUACUCAUUUGAAGGCGGCGUGAAUUGGACUCACGUAGCUCUGCAGCUUAUCAUUCAGGAUGGCAUUCAAGCUUUGAUGCACUACGGCGAGCAUGCGGUGUCCCCUGCCUUUUAUCGCAUCAGCCACAAGCCCCAUCACCGGUGGCUCAACCCCAGGCUCUUUGACGCCUUUAACGGCUCCAUGUGGGACACCAUCUGCAUGAUUCUGAUUCCCCUCUUCUUGACCUCACAAGUUAUUCACUGCAAUGUUUGGUCUUACAUGGUCUUUGGCACCAUUUAUGCAAACUACCUGACCUUGAUCCAUUCCGAAUAUGCCAACCCCUGGGAUCGCUACGUGCGUUGGUUUGGCAUUGGCACAGCCGCCGAUCAUCACGUGCAUCAUCGUUUGUUCAAGUUCAACUACGGCCAUCUGUUUUUAUGGUGGGACUGGAUGCUGGGCACCUACCGCCACCCUGACAAGAACCAAAAGGCUUCGAACAGCGAGCACCUGCCUGCGACACGCGGAGACAAAUUCAAAAGCGGAGAUGGCAGCGGAGGCGCAAACGGCAACGAAACCACUGGAAUCGGAGCCAAUACCAAGCCCGAGCCUCCGGAGCAAAAGCCGGAGCCAGUGUAUGCCGACUGGAGCAUGACACAGCCCAUGCCAUUGGGUCGGAGUGAUAUGACCGCGACUCUCUACCAAGAUCGCGUUUACAUCAUGGGCGGCUGCACGGGCAAGCAGGUGUAUUUUCAAGAUGGCUCCUAUGCUGGUUAUGGUUGUGCUUCCCUAGCCGAAGAGGACUUUGUUUGGGACUAUGAAAAUCAAAGCUAUAGCCUGCUGCCCAGCCAGCCACCAUAUCGGCGUUAUCGUCACACAGCCCAGUUGAUUGAUGGCAGUCUGAUGCUCAUUGGUGGUCGCACGCUGGACGAUGUCAUCACCGCUGAUGUGCACGUCUACACGUUUGCCAACGAGGCCUGGAGUACAUUGAGCACACCGGGCCCAGCAUUGUCCGACCUAACCAGUUUCAUCCUCCACGAUAGCCUCUACGUACUCGGCGGCUACUCUCACGACUACACUGCACAGUCCACCCUGUACCUGUACAAUGAGUAUAGCGAAGGCUUUGUGACUCAACCCAGCGUGGCCUUGCCUGUGCAGCGAGGGGAUUUAUCUGCUGUGGUUUGGAAUAACAAUGUCUAUGUGGCUGGUGGCUUCAGUCACGAGAAUGGGUUUGUCAAGGCCUAUGAGAACGUGUAUCGAUUCGAUGGUGUCAAGUGGACCGAAAUUGCCAGCCUCAACUUGGGCCGGGGUGACAAGGCCAUGGUUGUGCUUGGUGAUAUUCUCUACGUCAUUGGUGGUGAAUCUGGAGGGGGCAAGGUCGAAACAGCUGUGGAGGCCUACAACAGUGCCGCUGAUACUUGGACCUUGGAUGCUGAGCUGACCGUCGCGGCCGUGCGCUACCGUUUUGCAGCAACGACAACGCCCCUUGGCGUGUGCGUGUUUGGUGGUACGCAACACGACCAUGGACCCUCUUGUCCCCUGAUCACGGGGGUGCACGGGACGAUGCACGCACGCUGCGUCGCCAUUUUCUGA